AUGCACAGCUGCAUUCUAUCAUCUGGCCAUGCUCUCCUCGUCAGACCUAUAAACAGCAAGCCACUCAAUUCGAAGGAAAGUGCGUCCCGAGAUACCCAGACACCUCCCCAGCAUCUCCAGAUCACGCUUCCCGAGGUCAUUGACCGGAUACCAUGGGACUCGCCUGUGAGCUUGGAAGAGAACAUAGCUUUAACUGAAGGGGAAGAAGGCGAUGAUGAAGAAAAGUAUGGAGGGAUUAAAUCGGAAAUCCGGGUUGAUGGCGAUAUUGCUUUCGCAUGGACUCCGUACGAGGUUCGCUUGGGAGGGAUCCUGCAUCACGUCGGCACGAAUGUUUUCCACUUUGUGAGAAGGCUCGAAGGGCCCGAGAAGGGGAGCUGGGUCAUCGCAUAUGUUGGAGAUACUUUCAGAGAAGUGUAA